AUCUCCACCACCUCCAUCUCAAUCACCACCUCCACCAUAUCACUACUCAUCACCUCCUCCACCAAAAAAUCUCCCCCUCCACCAUACCACUACACAUCCCCACCUCCACCAAAGAAGUCUCCACCACCUCCAUACCACUACUCAUCCCCUCCUCCACCUAAGAAGUCUCCCCCUCCACCAUACCACUACACAUCCCCACCUCCUCCAAAGAAGUCUCCACCACCUCCAUACCACUAUUCAUCUCCUCCUCCACCAAAGAAGUCUCCUCCUCCACCUUAUCACUACACAUCCCCACCUCCUCCAAAGAAGUCUCCACCACCUCCAUACUACUACUCAUCCCCUCCUCCUCCAAAGAAGUCUCCCCCUCCACCAUACCACUACUCAUCCCCACCUCCUCCAAAGAAGUCUCCACCACCUCCAUACCACUACUCAUCCCCUCCUCCACCUAAGAAGUCUCCCCCUCCACCAUACCACUACACAUCCCCACCUCCUCCAAAGAAGUCUCCACCACCUCCAUACCACUACUCAUCCCCUCCUCCACCAAAAAAGUCUCCCCCUCCACCUUAUCACUACACAUCCCCACCUCCUCCAAAGAAGUCCCCACCACCUCCAUACCACUACUCAUCCCCUCCUCCUCCAAAGAAGUCUCCCCCACCUCCAUACCACUACUCAUCCCCUCCUCCACCUAAGAAGUCUCCACCACCUCCAUACCACUACUCAUCCCCUCCUCCUCCAAAGAAGUCUCCCCCACCUCCAUACCACUACUCAUCCCCUCCUCCACCUAAGAAGUCUCCACCACCUCCAUACCACUACACAUCCCCACCUCCACCAAAGAAGUCUCCCCCUCCACCAUACCACUACUCAUCCCCUCCUCCUCCAAAGAAGUCUCCCCCACCUCCAUACCACUACUCAUCACCUCCUCCUCCAAAGAAGUCUCCACCACCUCCAUACCACUACUCAUCUCCUCCUCCACCUAAGAAGUCUCCACCACCUCCAUACCACUACACAUCCCCACCUCCACCAAAGAAGUCUCCCCCUCCACCAUACCACUACUCAUCCCCUCCUCCUCCAAAGAAGUCCCCACCACCUCCAUACCACUACUCAUCCCCUCCUCCACCUAAGAAGUCUCCCCCUCCACCAUACCACUACUCAUCACCUCCUCCUCCAAAGAAGUCGCCACCACCUCCAUACCACUACUCAUCCCCUCCUCCACCUAAGAAGUCUCCUCCUCCACCAUACCACUACACAUCCCCACCUCCUCCUAAGAAGUCUCCACCACCUCCAUACCACUAUUCAUCCCCUCCUCCACCAAAGAAGUCUCCCCCACCUCCAUACCACUACUCAUCACCUCCUCCUCCAAAGAAAUCUCCACCACCUCCAUACCACUACUCAUCUCCUCCCCCACCUAAGAAGUAUCCCCCUCCACCAUACCACUACACAUCCCCACCUCCUCCGAAGAAGUCUCCACCACCUCCAUACCACUACUCAUCUCCUCCUCCACCAAAAAAGUCUCCCCCUCCACCUUAUCACUACACAUCCCCUCCUCCUCCAAAGAAGUCCCCACCACCUCCAUACCACUACUCAUCCCCUCCUCAACCUAAGAAGUCUCCACCACCUCCAUACCACUACUCAUCACCUCCUCCUCCAAAGAAGUCUCCCCCUCCACCAUACCACUACUCAUCACCUCCUCCUCCAAAGAAGUCUCCACUACCUCCAUACCACUACUCAUCCCCUCCUCCUCCAAAGAAGUCUCCCCCUCCACCAUACCACUACUCAUCACCUCCUCCUCCAAAGAAGUCUCCCCCUCCACAAUACCACUACACAUCCCCACCUCCUCCUAAGAAGUCUCCACCACCUCCAUACCACUACACAUCCCCUCCUCCUCCAAAGAAGUCUCCCCCUCCACCAUACCACUACACAUCCCCACCUCCUCCUAAGAAGUCUCCACCACCUCCAUACCACUACACAUCCCCUCCUCCUCCAAAGAAGUCUCCCCCUCCACCAUACCACUACUCAUCACCUCCUCCUCCAAAGAAGUCUCCCCCACCUCCAUACCACUACACAUCCCCUCCUCCUCCAAAGAAGUCUCCCCCUCCACCAUACCACUACUCAUCACCUCCUCCUCCAAAGAAGUCUCCCCCACCUCCAUACCACUACUCAUCUCCUCCUCCACCUAAGAAGUCUCCCCCUCCACCAUACCACUACACAUCCCCACCUCCUCCAAAGAAGUCUCCACCACCUCCAUACCACUACUCAUCUCCUCCCCCUCCAAAGAAGUCUCCCCCUCCACCAUAUCACUAUACAUCCCCACCUCCUCCGAAGAAGUCUCCACCACCUCCAUACAAAUACUCAUCUCCACCCCCUCCAAAGAAAUCUCCCCCUCCACCAUACCACUACACAUCUCCACCUCCUCCAAAGAAAUCUCCCCCUCCUCCAUCACCAUCACCACCACCUCCAUACUACUAUAAGUCACCACCACCACCAUCGUCAUCACCUCCACCACCCUACUAUUAUUAGUCUCCACCACCCUCAACUCAUUCUCCACCUCCUCCAUACAUGUAUGCAUCACCUCCACCACCAAAACACUACUAAGAUGUUGUAGGGUCAAUUUGAAAUGUAACAACAUGCAAUGAGUUACUAUUUAUUUCCUUUUCUUUUGUUGUCUACGAAACAAAUUAGGAUUCCUAAUUUGUUUAAAUCAUCUGUCUAUGUGGAAUAAGGAUCGAGAUUGUAGAUCCAUGGUGAAUUCUUUUGUACGGAGAAGUGAUCAUUGUAACAUUUCUUUGUACCAUUUUGCAAUGUAAUAGUUGUAAUUGCUUUUGGAAGGAUAAAUAUCACAUUACAUUUCUCUUUCUGUCGAAA